AAAAAAGACUGAAGAUUCAAUUGAAGAAAAUGUGAAAAGUGAUGAAACAGGUCAAAUAAGAAAGAACCAAGACACAAUGAAAAGAUCCCUAAAGAAAUUAACUGGGGAAGGCAAGAUUGAAGCACUUGUAAAAUGUUUGCUGCAGCGUGACGCAAGUACAGAAGCAACAGAUGAGUGUGGAAGAACAGCCCUUCAUUAUGCAGCUGGAAAUGGAUGGUUGAGUGUUUGUCAGAAGCUGUUAGAUAGACAAGAACAAGCAAUAAACAUGAAAGAUAAAGAAGGUAAGACACCUUACAUAAUUGCUGUGGACAACAAGUCGGAUCAGAUAGGUGCCUGCAUUCUCUCUUACAUGCCAAACAUUAUAGCAAGAGAAAUACAUACUGCGCAGAAGGACAAAAAACCUGAAAUUUUGUUGGUAGAUCUCUUGAAUAAAGACAUGACACUAACCAUUAAGGCAUUGUUUGAUUGCCUAAUUGAUAGAUGUACCCCAGUCAUAGACACACACGAAGUACACUUUAAGAUGUUGGAGGCUGACUUAAAAGGCUUUGAUCCAGACCACGAAAAGUUCAAUCCUAAAGAGCACUCUAUGUUUCAUGAACUAGCAUACAAAGGAGACAAAAACUUGAUAUACCAUGAUGCUGUUAGGCUGUUGAUAAAACAUAAAUGGAAAGAAUUUGCAAAACGGCUUUUCAUUGUCAGUACCAUAGUGUAUAGUCUAUCCAUUGCAAUACUAACAUUUGCCGUUGCUGUCGCAUGUCAAAGCCCCGAUCCUCGUGUCUAUGACAACCCAUUGCAAAUAGUCAGGGGUGUGGCAGAGAUACUGAUUAUAUUAUUUGUAUCUACACAUUUCUGGCUUGAAUUGAGACAGAUAAAAGUAUACAGAUUCGAUUAUCUAAAAGACCCCAUGAACUACAUUGACCUAGUGACCAUCCUCCUCCUUAUAGCAGUGACUCCACUGAGAUAUUUUUGUCCCAAGGUACAAUGGUAUGUCUAUGCUUUGGGAUAUGUUGGCUGGACAAUGAGAAUUCUAAAGUAUGCAGCUGUAUGGAGAAAUGCUGGUGCUUUUGUCCAAAUCAUCUGGAUUGUUGUCACCAAACAUAUGCCUCAGUUCAUCAUCCUGUUCAUUAUUGUUUUGCUGGCAUUCAGUGGUAGUUUCCAGCUGGCUCUAAGAGGGGAGGAUGCAUUUACAGUUACCACGUAUCAUUAUGGCAACACAACUAUAUUUGGUACCAUGUUAAUAGGACUUCUGACAGUUGUAGAACAACAACCAACCAUGGAGUAUACGGAUGACACGAGCAAUUGUGGAAGAUGGCUGUCAAUUAUAAUAAUGGUUGUUUACCUUAUAGCCUGUAUCAUAGUCCUACUAAAUCUCCUCAUAGCAUCCCUAACAGAUACGUACCAGCAAAUCCAGCAACACAGCCAGAGGGAAUUGGAGCUAAGGAGGGCAUUGAUCAUAACAAGGUUUGAACGCAACAGUUGGGUUCUACAGUUAAACCGGAACUUUAGGAAGAAGAAACAUUAUAAGGCGGUCAAAGAGUAUAAAAACUACAAAUCAAAGUUGGAGAAAUGGGAAAGGCCUCCAGGGCAUGAAAGUAACACCCUGAUGAAAGAUAUAAGAGACAAUGUGUAUGACCUUCAAGAACAUCUAGAAGGAAUGCAACGUACUAUACAUAAGUUGUAUACACAGCAAGAGCCAGAGGAAAAUGAUAAUGCUGGGUUGAAAGAAUAUCUAGAAAUGAAUAUAUAA